UGCUGGGAGCUUUCUGAGAAUGGAAGGGUGCUCUUUCCACCUGCUCUUGCGGGGAAGGAGCUAUAAAUACAUCUGCAUAAUUCUCUUGUGCAUGGGUCUCGUGUUCUAUGUCACCGUACGCAAAGGCAAACUAGUCAAUGCUAAAGGGAAAUCGGUGAUCACCUCAGCACCAGAACAGAUGACAACAAGAGGAUCUGAGUUACCCUUGAAGCUUUUGUCUGAGGAAGAAUAUAAGUCCCUGUUCCAAUUUGAUGGAAUUUGGCUUGGACCAAAGAAUAGCUGUGAAUGUGUCAAAACCACGAGGAUGACAGUCUAUCAGAUGAAGGACCAUAUUGCUAAGGAUCAAAUUGCCUCCGUAACAGAACGACGAGAGAAGGAAUUUAAAGAGUAUCGGAGAAGAUAUCCCACCAUGACAAAAGAUGCCGUUAUUGCUGCACCAAACACACCUUUAAGCUACCCCAUUUACGGGGCUGAAGUGAUGCCCUUGCACACCAUUGUAAUUCCAGGGCUUGGUUUCCAUGGCAAAAGUCCAGGAAAAGUCCAGGUGAUUCUACGAGCUUCGUUUGGUACUUUGAACACCCUUGCUGAUACAUCCAAAGAUGUGGUGAACGGGCGAGGGGGAAAGGAGCUGACCAUCUCCACCUCCAAUGCGAAGCUACUAAAUCACAUACUGAAACACCUCACAUAUACCAGUGCAGUAUUCCUAGUCAAUGCAGUAGACAUGGUGAGCUUCGAAACAGGGUCAUACCUUGUAAAGUUUCCUGUGACCAUCCGGCAGCUGGCCCUUCCCAAGCUCUUUGACCCAGGACAAGGUAACAAUAUCCGGGAUCUUGUGACCAUUACCAUCAAGACUUUCUUGAGGUACCACAAGCUGCGAGUCCUCCUUAAAAGCAUAAGACAGUUUUACCCAGACAUCAAGGUGAUUGUGGCAGAUGACAGUGAGCAUCCAGAGAAGAUUGAAGAGGCCAAUGUCGAGCACUACAUCAUGCCCUUUGGAAAGGGUUGGUUUGGAGGGAGAAAUCUUGCUGUCUCUCAGGUGACAACCAAAUACUACCUCUGGGUGGAUGAUGACUACCUCUUCACCGAAAACACCAAGAUCGAGAAACUGGUUGAAGUACUGGAGAACACCAACUUGGAUAUGGUUGGAGGCCGUGUGGCUGGGAAUGACUUCAAGUUUAAAAUUUUCUAUGAGGACGGGGAAGAUGGCAGCUGUCUACAUAUCAGAAGUGGAUCCUAUUAUCCCUUGGAAGGCUUUCCCAACUGUGUGGUCACUGGUGGAGUGAUCAACUUCUUCCUUGCUCGUACAGAGGAGAGUAGGCGUGUUGCUUUUGACCCUAAGCUUCAGAGGGUGGCUCACGUAGAAUUUUUUAUGGAUGCCCUGGGAAACCUACUGAUCGGUUCCUGCGGUGAUGUUGGUAUAGGCCACCAGAGUCAUAACUCUGCCACUGAUUCUCAGCUGGCUGCUGUUGAGAAGAAUUAUACCAAAUUCCGAACCAAUACUCAGGAACAGGUCCAACUGAAGUUGUCUUUACACUAUUUUAAGAACAGGUUGAAAUGCUACACGAGGACAUGAUAACGGCUGUUUGGCUCAGUCGCUCCUGUGUCUCCAGAGGUGAUGUUUCUGGAAGGAAUUAAACUGAUGAACUGGGUUCACCAGCACUGAGCAUCUUGGCCUACAGACUGUCCCUUCUGGCUGGGACCAGAAUCAGCAAAA